AAAAGGAAUUAAAAUUUCUCUGCCAACAAAGCUUUUUGCCUCAGCUGACUCUUCCAACUUCUGUAAAAUGUCAAAGCUGUAUUAAUGCUUUGUUUCGUGUUGGGUUGCUCUUCUUCUGAAGAAUGGCGUUCCAGUGCUUCGUGAAAAAAGGGCCUCCUAAAUACAUUUAUGAGACCCCGAAUCUUUAUUAGGAGGAUGCUCUGCAGGCAGAGGCACCAUUAUAUCUGCUGCACCCUUUAAUUUUGCUGCCACCAAUCCACACUUGCACGAUUAUUGUUCAAAACAAUCCAAGAGUUGCAGACCAGACAUUAAUAUUGGUGCUAUGUAAAUACCAUCUUACAGCAGGAGGAUUUUAUAUUGAGAGCCUUUCGUUUUCUUGGAUGUAUCAGGUCCAACAAGAAGAAGAACAAGAUUGAUAUAUGGUCACCAGCCUCCAGGAUUGCCAUUGAACAUUGUGUGGACAGCUAUUUGGUGCUUCUUUUCCUGUAAAUGGCUUCACUGAGAAACCAGUUGGCGAUUCCAUGCGACGAAAAUCCCUCAAGUUUGAACGUCAAACCAGCCCAGGUGAAGCCAACUCCGGUCGCGUCCCUCAUCCACCCGCCACUCCGAACAAGAUCAUACGAAAUAGAAGCUAGAAAUCUCUUCUACAAGAUCGUACCGAGUGAAAAGCUUCCAUGGAACCGAUUCUUCUCCGGGUCCGAGCCCGAGUGCGGAGGGGGAGUAAAAUACAUACUGAAAAAUGUGAGCUGCCAGGCCCGGCCGGGGGAGAUUCUGGCCAUAGCCGGGCCGAGCGGGGCAGGAAAAUCAACAUUGCUGGAACUCCUGGCGGGUAGAAUGAGCCCGAGCAGCGGAGCCAAAUCUGUGCUGGUGAACAGGAAAGCAAUGAACGGGGCACUGUUCAGAAGGAUCUCAGGGUACGUGACGCAGGAAGACGUUCUGUUCCCGUUCCUGACAGUGGAGGAGACGCUCAUGUUCAGUGCCCGGUUGCGGCUCCCCGGGUCGGUGCCUCAAUUCGAGAAGACGGCACGGGUGCGGGCCCUUUUGUCCGAGCUCGGCCUGACCCACAUCGCCGGAUCUCGAAUAGGAAACGAGCAAGUCCGAGGGAUCUCGGGCGGAGAGCGCCGGAGGGUCUCCAUCGGUGUCGAGGUCAUCCACGACCCGGCGGUUCUUCUCUUAGACGAGCCCACCUCCGGGUUGGACAGUGCGGCCGCUCUGCAGGUAACCAUCAUGCUCAAAUCAAUGGCGGAGACCCACGGACGGACCAUAGUUCUCAGCAUACACCAGCCGGGUUUCCGCAUCCUGCAGCUCUUCAACACCAUUCUUCUGCUCUCCGACGGGUCGGUCUUCCAUAACGGAUCCCUGCAGGCUCUCGAAUCGAGGCUGCUUCUCUCUGGACACGACAUUCCGACCCACGUUAACGUCCUGGAGUACGCCAUUGAUGUCCUUGGCUCAUUGGCGGGCACCCCAAAAUCUACAACGAACAAUUCCAGUUCUCCCGACCAUCGGAUCUCUGUUCGACCCGCGGGUCAUCAUGGUGCUCAAGACCCGCCACCGGUUUAUGCCAACAGGCCGGUCUAUGCGAACAGGGGUCUGUUCGAAAUAGGGAUUCUGUCGCACCGGUUCAGCAAAAACGUGUUCAGAACAAAGGAGCUGUUCGUUUCACGGACUCUCCAGGCACUUGUUGCAGGCUUCGGGUUAGGCACGGUUUUCAUGAAUUCUAAGAAUGAUAAAACUGGGUUUCAGGACCGGAUGGGGUUUUUCGCCUUCAGUCUCACGUUUCUACUGUCGUCUACAACAGAAGGGCUGCCCAUAUUUCUUGAAGAGCGUACCAUUCUCAUGCGAGAAACCUCCCGGGGAGCAUACAGAGUAUCCUCAUAUGUAAUUGCAAAUGCCCUCAUUUUUCUUCCAUUUUUACUGAUUGUCGCUAUGCUGUAUUCCAUCCCGGUGUACUGGCUCAUCGGCCUAAGCAGCGACCCGGCGGCGUUUCUCUACUUCGCUUUGGUGGUCUGGUUGGUUUUGUUCAUGGCGAACUCUUUCGUUGCUUGCUUCAGCGCCUUGGUGCCCAAUUUCAUCCUGGGCAAUUCUGCAAUAGCAGGCUUCAUGGGGGGUUUUUUUCUCUUCUCUGGCUACUUCAUUUCAAAGCAAAACAUUCCGGACUACUGGAUUUGGAUGCACUACUUGUCCUUGUUCAAGUACCCCUUCGAGGCGUUCAUCGUGAAUGAGUAUUCACAUGUGGGUUCCAAGUGCCUGAGCACGGUGUUAGGGCAGUGUGUGCUCGAUGGCAAUGGACUCCUCGCUCAGCGGGGUUUGAACCGCUCUGAUAAGUGGAGCAACUUGGGAGUCAUGCUCAUCUUCAUUGCUGUUUAUCGUAUGCUUUGUUACUUCAUUCUUUGGUACAGAUGUUCGUCCAAUCGGAGAUAGAGGCACAAUGUUUUCCUUUUUGUGUAAAACGGUGCAAUUUUUUUUCUGGGGGAUUCUGAAUUUUUAUGUUUUCUAACAAUUUUUUUCUAAAAGGUUUCAGAUUUUCAAUCUGUUUGAAGAAAUCAAAUUACAGUACAGAAAAAUCAAAACGUAAAAUAUUAUCUUGGAUUCAUGAGUUCGCU